AACUGUGCAGAGAAUAGAUUCUGGAUAGGGGAAGGGUUUUGCAGUAUAUUCACUUCUGUUUCUAUUCUAUCUCUUUGAGCUGGAAAUGGCUGCUACUAUUCACUCUCUCUACCCUUACAAUCCCUUUUUCCACAUUCCAGCUCCUCCUUCUUCUUCUCCUAGCUGCGGUUCUUCAUUCCGGAGAGGCAGCAAGUUGGUGGUGCUUGCUGCGCAUUCCAAUCCCAAGAUUCUCAAGACCAACAGAAUGUCAAAGUAUGGACGAGCUCUGUCGAUGUACGACAGUGAUGAAGAUGAUGAAGAAGAUGAAGAUGACGACGAUGAUGAUGAAGAAGAUGAUGGUUUGCUGUCUGAUGAUGAAUUUGCUGAGCCCGCUGACUUAGAUGUUAAUAACAAAAGACGUAAGUCUCGGACAGUUGCAGAAAGAAAUAGAGAACGGGAAAAGGAGCGGGGUUUAAGGUCUUUUGACGAUGGACAAAGUAAUAGAAUGCCCAAGAGUGAGAGAUUGGCAUCCUUCCAACAAAAUGACAGUGGAAAGUUGCAGUUUGGUAGAAAUUCAAAGGAGAAAAAGUAUCCUCGGUUGUCUGAAGAGAUUGUUAUGGAUGUGAAAUGGUUACCACUUCUUGAUUACUUAAGCACUUUUGAAAUUAAGGAAUCGCACUUUCUCCAAAUGUAUGAGAGGCACAUGCCGUCACUUCAAAUUAAUGUAUGUUCUGCACAGGAAAGGUUGGAUUACUUAAUGAGUGUUGGUGUUAAACAUAGAGAUGUAAGAAAAAUCCUGUUGAGGCAGCCACAAAUUUUGGAAUAUACAAUAGAAAACAAUUUGAAGGCUCAUGUUGAUUUCUUGAGGGGCUUGGGUAUACCUAAUUCCAGAAUCGGGCAAAUCAUCGCGGCUGCUCCGUCCCUGUUUUCUUAUAGUGUUGAUAAUUCGCUAAAACCGACAGCAAGAUAUUUAGUUGAGGAAGUUGGCAUUAAUGAAAAAGAUUUGGGUAAAGUCAUUCAGCUGAGUCCCCAAAUUCUGGUCCAGCGCAUUGACAUUUCAUGGAAUACUCGAUAUAUGUUUCUUAGCAAAGAGUUGGGUGCACCCAGAGAUAGUGUUGUGAAGAUGGUCAAAAAACACCCUCAGCUUCUACAUUACAGCAUAGAUGAUGGAUUACUCCCUAGAAUAAAUUUCCUAAGGAGCAUAGGAAUGAAAAAUCCAGAUAUCUUGAAAGUCUUGACUAGCCUUACACAGGUAUUAUCUCUGUCCUUGGAGGAUAAUCUAAAACCCAAGUAUUUGUACUUGGUAAAUGAACUUCGCAAUGAGGUAAAGUCCUUGACCAAAUACCCUAUGUACCUUAGCUUGUCUUUGGACCAGAGAAUUCGUCCUCGUCAUAAGUUCUUGGUUUCCCUGAAGAAAGCUCCAAAAGGACCAUUUCCUCUUGGAUAUCUAGUUCCGACCGAUGAAUCCUUUUGUCAACGGUGGGACACUAGUUUGGAUACAUAUUUGGCAUUUCGUCAGAGAUUGUUACUCAAAAAGUUUGCUGAGAAAUAUGAAAGAAAGAUGUGAAAGAUCAUAAUCAAUUGUGUCAGUCGAAUUGUGUGAGUACUGAAAGAGAACUCUCUUGUAAUACCAGUCUCAUGCAAUGUGGUUGGUGCUUUAAAAUGUUAACCUUUGGUCAGCAUUGUGGCCAAAGCUCAAUUAUACCAAGUUAGUCAGCUAUAGCGUAUUUGGUUUUGUAGUAAAGUCUCAAUCAAUUUUUGGGAGAAGCUACGAAGUGUAGCUUUUGAAGUUAUCGUGCUUUGGAUUGUAUGCUCACUUCAAAUCUGAACACAAUUAUUCUCGGCAGAAGCUGCUCAACUUCUUUUGUGAAAUUUAUUGUUUUUGUUUUAUGUUGGAGUCACACAGUUGUUUGCAAAGUGCUUGUGGCCUGAAAGGCACAACACAUCAUGGUGCAGUCUGUCACCGUAAGGUUGUGUACCAUGUUGCAAAUUUGUAUUGGUAUAAAUAGAAGAACAAGUUGUAUCAACAUAAGAUCUAGAUCAUGGAUUCUGUCAUCAUUCUUUCUUUUUGUUCCUUUUUACCAUCAAUGAUUAAUUAUAGCAUAUAUUCAUUUUUGUGCAUCUCAAAUCAAAUAGGACUUAUACACAAUUAUAUUUUACCCUGCUGCAAUUUGUAUCACAUAUUCACAUGUAAGAGUUGAAAUAACAUUUUGUAUUAUCUUCAGAGUAUUACUUGCAACUAAA